CUAGGUGUUCGUGGUUACCCUGUGGAGAAAGUUUGUUUACAUUAGUGAUUUGUUUAUGAAAAGCAAUAAUGUAAACAAGCUUUUUGUGAAGCCAUCGCCAUCAAUCGUUAAGGCUAUUUAAUAGCUAUAAACGAAACAAUGAUGAGGAUAAGGAAGAAAAACAUUAUGGAUAACCGAAAAGAAGCAAUCGUAACUUGCUAUACACCGACGUAUGCGGUUAGAGAAAAAAUCCAAUCACUUGUAAUGGACCCAGUGUUAGAAAGCGACUUGGUUAAGUUGUCCUUGAGAUUUUCUUCUUCAGUAUUUCAUCAGGAAACUUGUAUUCAGGGUCACAUUAAUGUCAAUGCGCCGCACGGUACCGAGGCAAUUGAUUUAAUACGCAUAAAGGCGUAUGCCAUCGGUGUCUGUGAAAGGAAGUUUGGGGCUAUUGAUGUUUUUAUGUGCAGAGACAAAUUGAUUCAAGACCGAAAGUACAUUGUACCCAAUGUUUUGCUGCAAUAUGCUGACAAAGACACCAACGAUUAUUCCAUCAGGAUUCAAUCAACAACUCAUCUGGGUGUCCCUUUCAAAAUUGGGCUUCCUGAGUACAUAGGACCAGGGAGUUAUAAAGACAAGAACAUUCGAGUGUGUUACUUCGUUUCCGUGAGCCUUAUUUUCAAGCAUAAUGAAACGGUUCAUGAUAUCCGUACGUUCAAACAGAUAGAGCUAUAUCCAACGAUACCGCCCUCAGUUACGGAAACAAAACAAAUGAUUUUGUCUAACGAAACUGAUUGUCAUCCAAACGUCAAAAACUCCAAAACAGCUACAAUUGUUGCUAGACUGUAUAGAACGGCUUACAUGAGUGGAGAUCCAAUAGCUGUUCAGUUGAGAAUUCAAAAUGCUUCAGAUAAGCGCCUCACGCGUUUAAAAUUAACACUUAAACGGAAUCUAUUAGUUUUCACGAAUUCUAGAAUUCGAAAUUCUGAAGGCCGUUGCACCUCCUCUGGGGUAAUUAAGAAACAGAAAACAGAAACCAUAAAAAGUGAAACUAUCAAUACUCGCAAAAACAAUCCUUACAAUUGGCAUGGUGUCCCACCCAGUAACGAACAGGAUAUCGAGUGUCAUAUUUGGAUACCAAAAAACGCAUGCACGAUAGAAGUUGGAGCGGAUUUCGAGGUACGAUACUCCUUAAACGUCGAGAUUGGGUCCUGUUUAAAAACGAUAUCAUCAAUAAGUAUACCCGUUCGGAUCAUUCCACGCAUGUCAUUGCUCUGUUCUUCUUUUCAUUAUCCAUUUCUUACACCAUUACAGAACAUGCUUAAAAAUCGGCCGGUAUUAACAGACACAAGUUUGAUGGAUGAAGUUGACACAAAUCAACAGGCAUCAUUGUCUAGUUGGACAGGGUCUUCUUCCCGCCUACAAACCUGUCAAAGUUUAUUCUGUAUUUAAUGAUGUGCAUUAUAUGUCGUUCUAGUUUGUCAACUGAUCAGAGGUGAUGAACUUUAUUCCAAGAAGCUUCAGCUCUGCGAUUGUUUUUUUCUCUGAUUCUUCCGUUAGACUCUUAAUACAAUCUGUUAAAACUGUAGUUUUGAAAAACUUCUGACUGUCAGUUGCAGUUGCACGAACGCAAUAGUCGCCAGCGAUUCCUACGACAACGACAUCUGUUAUUCCUUUCGAAUCUAACUUUUCCCUCAAACCCGUCGACUUCCCGGCGGCAUCAAAGAAACCAGAGUAUGAAUCAACCUUAGGAUCUGUACCCUUGUAGACUACAUCUUGGAUAGCAGAGGUAUCUAAUCCCUCAUAAAAUUCCGAUCCAGGAGUAUUUGAAACGCUAUGAACAGGCCACAAUCUCUGUUCAUAUUUGAGACCAUAGGCUUCAACGGUAAUUGAUGAAGUGAAUGGCUUAUAACUCGGACCGUGUGUAGCUGCAAAUGAAACAUGAUUAGCAGGAUGAAAGUCCUUCGUGGCAACAAUAAAGUCCCAAUGAUGUGCUUUAUAUAAUGAAUUUAUGUUAGGAAUGAUAUCUGCGACACCGUUAACCUUUAAUGGGGCGUCAUCCAAAACAAAGUCAUUCUGAACAUCGACGAUAAUAAGAGCUGUUUUAGUAGUCAUAAUGAUU